ACACACAUACCGAUGAUGGAUCUGAGUCUGCAGCUGCUGCAGGUUCACGGCCCGUCGUGUCCUUCUUAUUGGGCUUCCUCUUCGUCUUCUUCACUCUCUCGUCCCCGUGAUUUCAUCAUUUCAUCUUCUUCGUUUCUUCUUCAUCGAAGACUCAAAUCCUUCGGAAGAAGAAGCUUUUCUCGUUCUCGCGGAAUCCGAUUAAGACGGAGUGGUUCCUCGGCGAUGCCUUGUUCUUCUUCUGAGAAUCUUACGGCUUCUCGCGUCGGCUGUGGCGGAGGAGGUGGUAUCGGUGGUGGUGUUGGAGCUGAGAAUGCUUCUGUCGCUAAUUUCAAGCUGAACGAGUCUACUUUCCUUGCUUCUCUCAUGCCUAAGAAAGAAAUCCGUGCGGAUCGCUUCGUCGAAGAUCAUCCUGAGUUCGACGGUCGUGGCGUCGUUAUCGCUAUCUUUGAUUCUGGUUUUGAUCCUUCUGCUGCUGGCUUGCAUGUAACUUCUGAUGGGAAACCUAAGGUUCUCGACGUCAUUGACUGCACUGGAAGUGGGGAUAUAGAUACAUCCACAGUGGUGAAAGCCGAUGAAGAUGGUCAUAUUCGUGGAGCAUCAGGGGUACCUUUGGUUGUCAAUUCUUCAUGGAAAAACCCCACAGGAGAGUGGCGUGUAGGUUGCAAGUUGGUUUACCAGCUAUUUACUGAUGACUUAACUUCUCGUGUCAAGAAAGAGAGAAGGAAAAACUGGGAUGAAAAGAAUCAGGAAGAAAUUGCAAAGGCUUUAAAGAAUCUGUAUGAUUUCGAUCAGAAGCACAGCAAGGUGGAAGAUACGAAAUUGAAGAAGACCCGUGAAGACCUCCAAAGCAAAGUUGAUUUUCUGAAAAAACAAGCUGAUAAAUAUGAAGACAAAGGGCCUGUUAUUGAUGCUGUUGUGUGGCAUGAUGGAGAAGUAUGGAGGGUUGCACUUGAUACGCAGAGUCUGGAAGAGGAUCCAGAUUGCGGGAAACUAGCAGACUUCUCCCCCCUGACUAACUAUCGAAUUGAGCGGAAGUAUGGCGUGUUUAGCCGACUAGAUGCAUGCUCCUUUGUUGCUAACGUGUAUGAUGAGGGAAAGGUCCUAAGCAUUGUAACUGAUAGUUCUCCUCAUGGCACCCAUGUUGCUGGAAUAGCUACUGCACACCACCCUGAGGAGCAUUUGUUAAAUGGUGUAGCACCUGGUGCACAAAUAAUAUCUUGCAAAAUUGGAGACUCGCGGUUAGGUUCAAUGGAGACCGGAACUGGUUUGUCACGGGCAUUGAUAGCUGCCCUGGAGCAUAAUUGUGAUCUUGUCAACAUGAGCUAUGGAGAGCCAGCAUUACUUCCAGACUAUGGGCGCUUUGUUGACCUUGUUACUGAAGCCGUGAACAAGAGACGCCUAAUAUUUGUAAGUAGUGCUGGCAACAGUGGUCCAGCUUUGACAACAGUCGGAGCACCGGGUGGAACAACUUCCAGUAUCAUUGGUGUUGGUGCAUAUGUUUCUCCUGCAAUGGCAGCUGGUGCCCAUUCAGUAGUGGAACCUCCCAGCGAGGGGCUUGAAUACACUUGGUCAAGCCGGGGGCCAACAUCUGAUGGGGAUCUUGGUGUCUGCAUAAGUGCACCUGGUGGGGCUGUUGCUCCUGUUCCUACAUGGACGCUUCAAAGACGCAUGCUCAUGAAUGGAACAUCAAUGGCAUCUCCUUCUGCCUGUGGAGCAAUUGCGUUACUUCUAAGUGCUAUGAAGGCUGAAGGCAUCCCAGUUAGCCCGUACACUGUGAGAAGGGCCCUCGAGAAUACAUCUACACCUGUAGGUGAUCUGCCUGAAGAUAAACUAACUACUGGACAAGGGCUUAUGCAAGUCGAUAAGGCAUAUGAAUACUUGAAAAAGUUUCAGGACUGUCCAUGCGUAAACUAUCAGAUAAAGGUCAAUCUCUCCGGAAAAACAAUUCCACCAUCACGGGGCAUUUACCUGCGGGAGGGUACUGCUUGCAGACAGUCUACUGAGUGGACGGUACAAGUUGAUCCGAAGUUCCAUGAAGGUGCAAGUAAUUUAAAGGAACUUGUCCCUUUUGAGGAAUGUCUUGAGUUGCACACCACCUUUGCCCAUUGCGAAGGCCUAUCAAGUGGGAGAGCGCAUCAACUUUCGCAUCUCCAUCUGCUAAAAGCUUUACGUUUCCUGUGUUUAGUGGUCAAACGAUGGAACUAGCUAUAGCUCAGUUCUGGUCAAGUGGCCUUGGGAGUCGUGAACCGACUAUCGUUGACUUUGAG